CCCCCAUCAACAAGCCUUCUUUUUCAACCACACUCUCUUAAAAACUGCUCGAUCCGCUUGCGACUAUUGAGAUUUUAUUAUUGAUAGUCUAAGGAUACCCGUUUCCUUCUCUUUUAUUCAUUUAUAAUUGCGACACAUUUCUACCUCUCGAAAUUUACCCCACCAUGGCCCCUCCAAAGAUCUUCUCGCUCGAGGGCAAGGGCCUGAAGUUGGACUCGGCUGCGGAUAUCGAGGCCCAUAUUCAACCUUUACUCGAGAGCACCGACUACACUGAAGUUCGCCUCGGAGGAAACACCUUGGGUGUUCCAGCGUCCGAACGCCUCGCCGCCGUCCUUUCCACGCAAAAGAGCCUCGAGGUGGCUGAGCUCGCCGAUAUCUUCACCUCCCGCUUGCUCAGUGAAAUCCCUGACGCCCUCACCUUCCUCCUUAAUGCGCUCCUUGAAAUUCCAACCCUCCACACCAUCAACCUCUCCGACAAUGCUUUCGGUGCGAAUACCCAGAAACCCCUUGUCGACUUCCUUUCUCGCCACAUCCCUCUCCGCCAUCUAGUCCUGAACAACAAUGGCAUGGGUCCCGAAGCGGGGUCGAACAUAGCCAAGGCUCUUACUGAACUUGCGCAGCGCAAGGAGGAGGCGCGUAGUGGUGGGAAGGAAGUUCCUCUGCUGGAGAGCAUUGUCUGCGGGCGCAACCGCUUGGAAAAUGGCAGUAUGGCGGCUUGGGCGCACGCAUACAAAGCUCAUGCGGCUGGUAUUCGGUCGGUGAAGAUGACACAGAACGGAAUUCGUCAAGAAGGUAUCUCUCACCUGCUGAAGGAGGGUCUUUCUCACGCUAGUGCUCUCGAGGUUCUCGACCUGCAGGAUAAUACCUUCACUAUCACCGGAUCAACCGCUCUUGCUGGUGUGGUCAGUGGAUGGCCAUCCCUUCGCGAACUCGGUGUCGGUGACUGCUUGCUUUCUGCUCGCGGAGGUAUAAAGCUUGCUCAAGCCCUUGCGAAGGCCAAAAACCAAAAGGUUGAAAUUCUUCGCCUGCAGUACAACGAUAUUUCAGCAGAGGGUGUCAAGCAGUUCUUGCAUGCUGCCAAGACAGCUCUUCCGGCCCUGCGUCGCAUUGAGCUGAACGGAAACAAAUUCCAGGAGGAGGACGUAAAUGUGACCGAGCUUAGCGAAUUAUUGGAGUCUCGCAAAGAAGCACACGGCAAGGAUGAUGACCCCGAGGAUAUGUGGGGCAUUGACGAACUUGACGAACUAGAGAGUGAAGAUGAAGAGGAAGAAGAGGAAGAGGAGGAAGAGGAGGAAGAGGAACAAAAGGCCGAAAAGGUUGUCAAAGAUGCCGAAAUUGCGGAGAACGAGAAGGUUGCUCAGGCACAGGAUAAUGACGUCGACAAGCUUGCCGAGGCAUUUGGAAAGACCGGCAUCUAA